AUGCCCAGCUCAACCACCUGCACGAGCAUGCCCGAGACGAAACUGGGUCGAUUUGACUACACUCAUACAGACCAGGAAUACGAAGACACAAACACGGAUUUCUCGUGUAGCGACGACGAGGUCUCGAGUCCACCUGCAGCUGCACCCACGUAUACUUACACAUACACUGACUCGGAAGAUGAGGGCCCCUACAGCUCCGACGAUCUGCUGUACCUGAUUGAUUACAUGAGCGAGGAUGGUGCUAACGUUUGUCAGAGCGAGUUUGACGACAGCUUGUGUAGUGAUGGGGGAGAAUCGCGAGGUGCAUCGCCUGCGCCUGCGCCAGCGGGUGAUGUUGAUUAUGUUCAUUUUGGGAAACGGUUGGAACAUGAUGGGGAGGGGUGGGUUUGGGAACGGCCCGAUGGGGACUUUUGGUAUGAGGGUUGA